AUGAAAGACCGAUACUAUGUAAUGUUCAAAUAUGCACAUACUAUUUACAGAAAUGGUCAUCCGUCCCGCGUUGAAACUUGCUGGUAUAUUGCCAAAGUACUUGUUUUUUUUAAAUACUUGAUCGAGCCCAACCGCGAAAGUCACUUUGUUCUUGGAGAAGUCUAUGAUGGCUGCAUAUCAUCAAAUUUCAACGUGCCAAAGGCCAAACCAAUAACUGAUAUCAACAAGAAGUACGUUGUGUUUGAAACGACUGAUAUCCUUUGUCCUGUUGGUCUCAUAAGCACCUUCAACAUUCUUCCAAGCAACAAAGUCGACGUUGAAGCAUACAAAUCGGUGAUAUAUCCCGGGGAUGUUAUUGAUCCUGUCUUGUUAAAAAAUGCUGGUGACUUUAGAAACCUUUUUACUCUUUAA